CCACCACCACCAUCAUCACCACCACCACCACCAUCAUCACCACCACCACCACCACCGUCACCACCAUCACCGUCACCACCACCACCACCAUCAUCACCACCAUCACCGUCACCACCACCACCAUCACCACCACCAUCACCACCAUCACCGUCACCACCACCACCACCAUCACCACCACCACCAUCAUCACCACCACCACCAUCAUCACCACCACCACCACCACCAUCAUCACCACCACCACCAUCAUCAUCAUCAUCACCACCAACGUCACCACCACCACUGUCAACACCGUCACCACCACCACCACCAUCAUCACCACCACCAUCACCACCACCAUCAUCACCACCACCACCAUCACCACCACCAUCAUCACCACCACCACCACCAUCAUCACCACCACCACCAUCAUCACCACCACCAUCAUCACCACCACCACUGUCACCACCAUCACCGUCACCACCACCAUCAUCAUCACCACCACCAUCAUCAUCACCACCACCACCAUCAUCACCACCACCACCGCCACCAUCAUCACCACCACCAUCAUCACCACCACCACCAUCACCGCCACCACCAUCAUCACCACCACCAUCAUCACCACCACCACCACCAUCAUCACCACCACCAUCAUCACCACCAUCAUCACCACCACCACCACCACCAUCAUCACCACCAUCAUCACCACAACCACCGUCACCACCACCAUCAUCACCACCAUCAUCACCAUCAUCACCACCACCACCGUCACCACCACCAUCACCACCACCAUCAUCAUCAUCAUCACCACCACCAUCAUCACCACCACCACCACCAUCAUCACCACCACCACCAUCACCACCACCACCACCAUCAUCACCACCAUCAUCACCACCACCAUCAUCACCACCACCACCAUCAUCACCACCACCACCAUCAUCACCACCACCACCACCAUCAUCAUCACCACCACCACCAUCAUCAUCACCACCACCAUCAUCACCACCGUCACCACCACCACCGUCACCACCACCACCCUCACCACCGUCACCACCACCACCAUCACCACCGUCACCACCACCACCACCCUCACCACCACCACCGUCACCACCACCCUCACCACCCUCACCACCGUCACCACCACCGUCACCACCCUCACCACCAUCACCACCACCACCACCCUCACCACCAUCACCAUCACCACCAUCACCACCA